UCCCAGCAGGGCCCGGCUGAGGGCACAGCGCACGCAGCCGACACGUCCGCCUCCGGAGCCGGCCUCUCACCAACUGUCAUGGCCGCUGAUGACAAUAACAAUCAUCACUCUCCUCACAGCGGCUCCCAGUCCCGCCCCUUUCCCUUCUAACCACGCCCACAACUCCGCCGCCCACGACCGCCAGGGCCAAUCAGAAGGCCGCGCACGUGACGAGCGCUCCAUGCGAUGACCUCAUCUCUGGUGUGGGAUGACGUCAAAUUCAAGAUGGAUGGAAUCACGGCGGCAGGAGAGCGCCGAUGACAUUUUGCGCACUGGAGGGUCGGGAACCGUUGCGGACAGCCAUUCCCGGAGCCGCGGAGUAACGGUCGGUUUUGACAAUGGAUGGGAUCCUACAUUAUAUAAAUCCGGCUCAUGCAAUCUCUUUGCUGAGCGCAUUAAACGAAGAGCGUCUGAAAGGUCAACUCUGCGAUGUUCUUCUGAUUGUCGGGGACCAGAAAUUUAGAGCACAUAAAAAUGUACUUGCCGCGAGCAGUGAAUAUUUCCACAGCCUCUUCAUGGACAAAAACAACGAGUCCCAAAAUGUCUUUCAGCUGGACUUCUGCGAAGCUGAUGCAUUUGACAACGUCUUGAACUACAUUUACUCUUCCUCAUUGUUUGCCGAGAAGGGAAGCCUCGCAGCUGUGCAAGAACUAGGCUAUAGCCUGGGUAUCAGCUUUCUGACAAACAUCCUUUCCAAAACCCCUCAAGCACCAUUUUCUUCAUGUAAGAAGCCGGGAUACCACGAAGACAACGACAAUGGAUCACAGAAAAGAAGUGUCAUAGUCUGUCAAAAGGAGGCUCCGAGCAGAGACCUUGGUCAUUUACACAAUGACAAAAGCCAUCCGUCAAGGCUAUCUUCUUCUACUGGUAGAACAAGCUCGGGUAGACAUCACAUGCGGACAUCUGAUUCACUUUCCAGCUUCUUGGCUUCUGAACGGAAGUGGCACGGGGCCUCUAACUCAAUUGAGCAAAGCGGUUGGUCGAAAAGAAAAGCCUUUUCGCAUCAAACUACAUUUGAAGAUGAUGACGAUGGUAACGAAGACCACCCCUCCGCUUCCAGCUUGUCAAGGGGAGGUGUGUCGGAGUUGUUCAGCAAAAAAACGGUGCUACCCUCUCCCAGUCCAACAGAGUCUUCUUUUACAUUGCCAAAAACCGAAAGGGAGAGCCCACAAAUUAAAGAGGAAGACGAUGAUGACAUGACCUAUUAUCAAGGCGUUUCAGCUGCUCCUGCCAACACAUCGAGCCAACAGAUCGAUCGCAGCGGCCCUCUUGUUAAAAGUCUUCUAAGAAGAUCACUCUCCAUGGAUAGUCCGGUUCCUGCUUACUCACAAGCUGCCGAUUUUCAUUCCAGUCAUGAGACGACCUUUCUUAAAACGAGCACGAAGGAGCAAGUGCCCAGCGGAAUGUCUCGUAGGAACAUACUGAAAGCCAGAGUCAAAGAAAAAGCGGCAGAACUUAUGAGACCCAUUGCAACAUACACGACAGCUACCGAUACCUAUCUUGAGGAUGAGGUCCGCAUCAAGACUGAACCUAGUAGCCCUGCUUCCGAACCUUCAGAGAUCUUUCAAGUAACUAUAGGGGAUCAAGCACAAAGUAGGACUGUCAGUCCACAGGAGGAGGCCCCUGUAAUCAAGGUUAAUAAAAGAAAGUUUCCAGCUGAUAAGAGGCUCCUGCCUAAAAGAAUAAAAAUGAAAGAGAGUCUACCAGAGCCAGAAGGUGCCAGAGCUGCGGAUCAUUUCUCAGAUUCUGACGAUAGCCACGAAAUGAGCAUUGCGUUACCAGAAAUGCACCAAGACAAAAAAUUCAAAUGUAAACAUUGCCUUAAGAUUUUCCGAUCAACCGCUGGGCUUAAUCGUCACAUGAACAUGUACCACAACCCGGAGAAACCGUACUCUUGCGACAUCUGCUUCAAAAGGUUCCACACGAACUUUAAAGUGUGGACACACUGUCAGACGCAGCACGGGAUCGUGAAGAACCCGUCGCCCGCGUCGAGCACACAAGCUGUUUUAGAUGAAAAAUUCCAAAGGAAGUUAAUAGACAUUGUUAGAGAAAGGGAAAUCAAAAAAGCACUUAUCUACAAACUGAGAAGGGGCAAAGCGGGCUUUCCCGGAUCGGCAAGUAGCCAAGCACAAGCCCUGAAACGAAACUUCAGAUCAAGAACUAAAUCUGCUUACACCUGCAACUAUUGCGGGAAGUCUUACCGGUUUCUAUCCCAGUUUAAGCAGCAUUGCAAAAUGCAUCCAGGGGAGAAGUAUCAGUAUGGCAGCAAACACCUUAGGCCUAAAGCGCCAUCGCCUCCAAAGAGUCCUGAUGAUAGUAAGGAGAUAUUUCGAUGUAGGCACUGCAGAUUAAAGUUGUCAUCAUUUAUCGAGCAGGGAAACCAUGAGCACCUGUGUCGAAACGCAACUCUCUGUCCAUACUGUAGCCUUCGAUUUGCUACUCCAGAACAUAAAAUUGAACAUGACACAAAGUGUGAGUACAAGAAGCUUACAUGUCUGGAGUGCAUGAGGACAUUUAAAUCUUCUUUCAGUAUUUGGCGUCACCAAGUGGAAGUUCACAACCAAAACACGAUGGCCCCUACAGAAAAUUUUUCGUUACCUAUGCUUGACCACAAUGGGGACAUCAACAAUACACCAAGGCUGCAGCCGGUAUCUGAACCUAGUAAGGGGAACAGCUUUCUGACAUCAAAGGAUGACGGUGUAUACAGUGACUCUUCAGAACAUAUGAACUUCGAUUCAGAGGACUCCAACUGUCUCCCCGAAGAUCUUAGCGUUUCUAAGCAAUUUGAAGUUCAGAUCAAGGAAGAACCUAUAGAUGAAAUGGAAGAUGGCUCCGAAGCUCUCUAUGGCCACAAAGAAGACACGCCCAGCCCUGAACGUGGGGUCUGGUCGUGCGAAAAAUGCGGCAAAAUGUUUACAGUUCACAAGCAGCUGGAGCGUCAUCAGGAACUAUUGUGUUCAGUCAAACCUUUCAUCUGUCACGUAUGCAACAAAGCGUUCCGAACAAAUUUUCGGCUUUGGAGUCACUUUCAGUCGCAUAUGGCACAGGGAGAAGAGUCUUCUUUCAAAGAACCAGAAGGUGCUGCUCCCGUGAGCUCCCCAUCCCCAUCGCCUCCACCACCACCGCCACCACCACCACCUCCUCCACCACCACCCCCAGCAACGCUUCCACCUCCUCCUCCACUGAAAAUGCAACCCAUAGAAGUAGAAAGACGCAAAGCCGUUCCAGAGAAGUCUAGUUCUACUGAAAAGAUGUUUGCCCCCCAAGAAUCGGAUACUCUUUUCUACCAUGCCCCACCUCUGUCGGCCAUUACAUUUAAGCGACAGUUCAUGUGUAAACUGUGUCACCGGACCUUUAAAACCGCCUUCAGUUUAUGGAGUCACGAGCAGACACACAACUGAAUCUAUGGUGCUAGACUAAAGUAAUGCAUACAUGUUUGGGGGUGGGGAGGGCUAACCAUUCCUGGCCAAAAUAAGACUCUAGGUAUCAGUCACUAUUAUUAGUGCUCCUAAAGGACUUUAAACUGUGACCCCGUAACAUGGCUUGAAGUCCAUCAAUAAACCUUUGAUCCCCAUUUGACUUGGAUACCCUUUCCCAUCUGCAUGUAAUCCACCGCAGACCACGAUUUCGACGUUGUGGGAGCAUCUCCUUGGAUCUGUAACAAGACUGAAUCUUUCGAUGAACUGGUUUGUGGACUAUGACCCAGUCUAUCCUUUAGCAAUAAUGAAUACGAGAACCUCAAGUUCAGACGGGACGAGCUUCGUAAGAAGAGGCAGCAGGUUGAUGUUGUGCUACGUAGGUUAGCAGUGAUAGAUCGUAGCUUAGCGUGGCUGAACCUUAGACCAUUGUAACUGACCAAUACAAUGAUGGCGCUUCUUUUGUAGUCGGCCUUUGUGAUCAAGAAACAAAGGUUUUUCUUUUACUGUAAUUUCUUUGUAUGAGAAGACCUCUGCAUUUGACAGCGCUGGUUUUUAUUUUGUUUCCGUAGCUGAAAUGCCACUUUUGGCAGGAGUUUCAUGGUUUUUCUUUUCAGACAUAAGUCGCCUUUUGUAGUUUUCUCCGUAGCACAAUCUACAGUUCCUAACCCAGGACUUCUCACUGUUCUAUGAUCAGGUCCAAUAUCUUACCAUGUGUGUGCGGUUUACUGCUUUUUGUUCAGUGGAAGAAGUUUCAGAACUGGAAAUCUCUGUAAAGUGAGUUGUCGAAAACAAAAUACACCAAGCACAACUUAAAGUUUCUCUCUCUCUCUCCGACUUUAACUGGGUUCGGGUAAAUUGUAUACAUAUUUCUUCAGAAGGUCGGAAGUGGGAUGGUUGUGUGAAAAGUAAGAGGCCACAAAUGUAUUUGUUCUAAGAGUCGUACGUGAAAUUCAGAAGUCGAAAACCUUCCAGUUUAGAUACAGAUGAAAAAAAAAACACGGACCCUUAUUGCAAAAUUACAUCCCAGUUGUGCAAGUAAGUGCAGUGCAGUGCAGUUUGGUCACCUGAAACCAUCUACUGCCACCUAUAUUGUGUCCUAAAAUCACAACAGACUGGCUCAUGCACACGACUGUGUGGUUUUGGC